CGUCAGCCGUUCCAGCACCUGGAGCGGCCAGUCGGCUCUCGCCACGGUAACGGGCAUAUACCGCUUGCAUUUCCCUUCGCCGUUCUUCCAACGUUGCUCACGUUGGAAAAACUAUCGCCGACGACGACCUUCUGGCAUUUCCCUAGACUACUCUGUCACUCGGUCGCGUCUGCACCCGGUGAAACGAGCGCGCGAGUGGGAGACAUUUAAGUGAACGAUCGUCUGAGCUGGAAUAAGAGACGGACGGAGAUAGAUAGAAAAACAGACGAGGAAAGAAAUAAAAGAGGGAAGAAGCGACAGGGACGCCUUGUGUAUCGUGUGGCGCUCUGCACUGCGACAUUCGACGACAACAGACGCUUCCGACGCUCGCUAUCCUAGCCGGCUAAUCAACUUUCGUACACCAUCUUUCGCGCGGCUCGUUUCGCGAUCGUUUUUCUUCUCGACUCGUUCGACCUCGAGCCAGUCGAUCUAUCGCCACUCCAUUCGGUGGGAAGUUCGAUUCCAUCCUCGGCGAAACGUCAGCCUCCGUUUCGAACAAAAGAGCACCGUACAGGAAAAGUGAAAACGUUCGACUGCUGUUCGGAAUUCAGAAUUCUAUCGUGAUCGGUUUGUAAUAGAAGAAGAAAAAAAAUGAAGACCGUGUAGCGUUGGUUGCGCUUGCCCGUCGGACUGUAAACAGAGGUUGCUCGCGAGCAGUGAAACGCUCCCGUUCCCGACGCCACUUUUAUCGUCGAGGAACGGACCGACGCUUACCAGCCUGCGGCUGAAGCACUGAGGAAGGAAAAUACGCUUCGGUGAGUGCAGUGUACGCGACAACGAACCGUCGACAGAGGAUGUGCAGGCUGCCCUCGUGAAACAGGCCUGGCCGAUGCCUUCCGGACAAAGAUCGUGUCACGAACGGCAUGUGAAACGAGCCACGUGAAUGUUGUGCGCAAGUGAAUCUUCAUAUCCGCCCGGCGAAUUAUUCUGGACCGGCAUGGAUCCCAUCAAAGCCAAAAUGGCCCCCACAGGGAUGCCACCAGUCACCGGUGUCCUCCAGCCGCCAGCGGGUUCGACAUUGACGGGAACAACGAUAGCGAACUACAAAAAAAGUUGGUGGAGAAGAGUGGCCCCCUGCUUGGCCUUUCUUGCCGCUUUUUCCACUGCCAUGGCACUGCUCCUCGUCUGGAGCGAAGCUGCGGCUUUGAGGAGGCAGGCGUUUGACGCCAACAUGACGAGGGACUAUGUGUUGAACAGCGUCUCGAUGGACAAUCCGGAAUUGGUUGCAUACAUCAGGGAGGUCCAAUUGAAAGCCACCACGCAACAGGAUCCAUUGAACGCGACCCAGACCUCGGAGGAGAGGUACGUGUCCAGCCUGACAGAAGGAAAACGCGAAGGGUUAUACGUGGAGUACAUUAGCAGGAUAGGAGCUGUCUCCAGUACAGGCUGGCUGGAGAGGAACUUGAGCUGGAGAGGCGUGUUGAUCCUUACCGAUCCCAGAAGCUUCUUCGAGGCUCACAGGAGCACGAGGAAUCCAAAAACUAGAGUCCUUCAUGCGUGUCUUAGUACAGAUAAGGAUACCAAAGAGAUUACUUAUCAUCAAGAAUCUGAAGUUCAAGUUACCAAGUUGGGGGAGGGUCCGAAUAGUCUCGUGUCGUCGGACGAGGGCCUGCCAACCACCAGAUUGAAAUGUUUCCCUUUGUAUAGCGUAUUAUUGGCAUACAGUGCCACCACCUUGGAUUACCUGAGCCUGGAUAGCCCUGAUGCCCAAGAUGGCCAGGUCCUCGAUACGAUUCCCUGGGACACAACCAGGAUAUCCGUUUUGUCCAUACGUUGGAGUCCUCAUCAUAGCGAAACGGAGACGAAAAGUCUGAUCGAUAAGAUGACUAGCAGAAGAUACAAAUUGAUGUACACGACGGACACCGGGAAAUUGAUCUUCUUGUACAACGCGUUGCUUAAGAUUUAGAUCCUUGACUUAGGAUGCUUUCAACCCUGGACCGUUCUACGUUCACCUACGUGGCUUUAUUUUAAUUAACAGAAGCUCGUAUCGCGAACGGGAAAUAUUUUGUUUCGAAGAAAUCAAAGAUCGUUCACGUAGAUUCUUCUACUCAUUAAACGAAACGUGAUUAUAGAAAAGGUCGCGAUUUCGUUGCUGAGGAUCACGCGAAUCUUUUUGAACGUAGCUUUUAUUUUUCGUGGAAAUAUACACAGGUUUCUUUUCGCGUACGUGCCUGGCACACGUCGAAUCGUAGAACAAGCCAAGAUUUUCUUAUUUUGUUCAAUUGGUACGCGUACUGGAACAGGAACUAAUUUUUAUUUAGCCGUCGAUCGAACGAAUGGGUGACAAAGACUGAGAGAAUUAUUAUUUUUUUUUUCCUGAAGCAUCGUCAUACUUAAAAGGCAAAUUUGAUCGUGCUCGGUCUCUUGCGAGAGGUUCGCCUCAAACCAAAACGAAGGAACGAACGAUAGAAAGAAAUAAUCGUAUUUAGUUUCGUACAUGUGUUUUAGCGUAGGUUCGUUUUAAGCAUCACAUAUGAAGACAUUUUACGAACUAUGUAGAUUUUAAAAUAUUUGUCAAAGAAGCGACAGACUCGUGGACCGUUUCUCUUCCCACCAAAAUUGAUCUUCAACAGCGGGUAAACGAGUACUGUCGCAGUGAUAAUUAAUGAGUUACUCUGAUUACCUAUAUCACGGGCCUUAUUAGCACGUAAGUCGAUAUUUAACUAAGAUAUUGUAGAAAAAUCGGUAAACUAUGUUCGCUUUGCUCGUUGCAAGGGUUAAGAUGAAAAUAAAAUAAGCUCUUUAAUGUUUGCGGUCAAAAUUACUAAUACUAGUCAUUGUCUAAUUACCACCUUGUCUAUUUACUUUUCAUGCUAAUCAAGAUAUCACCUUCGUUCUAUCAUAAUUCGAUAGUAAUAUUUCAUUAUCAAUUGAUACUCGAUACCCCCUAUAAUUUCAAUAAAUUCAUUAAUUUCUAUCGUUCAAAUUAACCCACUAAGUAAAAUAAUUAGAAUUAUUUAGAACGCGAUCGUUUCAUUUCCCAAUUUAAGCUCUUCAUUUCUUACCUUGCAUAAUUAAUACUACCAAUCGCAAUAACCAAUUCCAUUGAUAAUUCCUUCCAUUAUCUAAUACUUUUUUCAGUUCAAUCACAAACGAAACUUUCUUUCAUAUCGAUAAGUAAAAAAAGUGACCCGGUAAAGAGCAAAGUGAAGAGAGUUUACGAUAACGUUCCAAUGAACGCAUCUCACACGCGAUACACGCAACAACAAUACAAUGACAGCGCGACAUUUAAUUACGGAUGAAGUUCACAGGGUUUAUCGGGCCAUUUUGCACGAUUACCGAUCGAAACGCGGAUUUAUUUUCAGCAGGCAGAUCACCGUUUAGUUUGAUAAUUACGCUCGAACGAGGAGAAACUAUUAUCGUUCCUACUUUGAUAGAGAACGCUCGUCGUCGAGAGGUAUUUGUAUUCGAGCAGAUACGAGUUUAAUACAUCCAAUACCGUUUACGAUACGACCCGUGACCCUUUACUAUCGCAGCCAUUUCGGAAUUACGCGCUGUUAUGCUGCAUUUAAGCGCACGUGUACCUAUUCAUGCACCUGCAUACACGUUCCCUUUGUAGAUGCACCCGGUUGCAGUUUAGGUUUCUUUUGAUCAAUCCAUUAAUUCUCAAUAAUUUUGCUAAAUUUUGGGUAUUAAUGGAUUGAUAAUAAGCUUCCCAAUCCAAGGAGAGCUUCCAUCAAAUUCUCCUUCAUUUCCUGUUAACUAAAGGAAGCCCAAGCUGCACAAGACCAUACUUACAAGGUUCAAAUAUCAAUCACUGUUCCUUCCGAUUGUUCAGUUCAAAUGGCAAGCACGUGUAUUCUUUUCUUAUUUUUCUUACUCCGCCAUAGCCGCGUCUCUGACAAUGUGCACUUCUUGAUCACAGAGAGAAAGCGUUUUUGUACCGUUUAUUCCGAGAGAAAUGAACAUGGAUUCUUUUGAAAAGCAAUAAAGGUAGAUAUUUUGCAA